AUGGAAAUUAUAAAAUGGAUUGUGUUUGUCACACUCCAUUCUUUAAGAAUUCGCAUCGCGGUGGCAACAGGCAACACCUCGCUGCAUAGCAUUCUUCUCGAGGACUACGAGCCGGACGCCCGACCAUGUGGUCACUGCACAUCGCCACUGGCCAUCUCAGUGUCCUUCUACAUGACCUCUCUACUGGACCUGGACGAACUGGCCGGUACCAUGGUAACCAUGGGUUACGUGAAGUUGAUUUGGGUGGACGAGCGAUUGACAUGGCGUCCUCAGGAUCACGGAGGGGUUAGCAGUAUAUUCGUUGCUUCUAAAAGAGUGUGGGUUCCUUCGAUAACUCUUGGAAACCCUUCAUUGAAAGUUACAGACCUCAACAAAGACAUGUGUCCCGUCCGUGUCCUCUACAAUGGAACCAUAAUAUGGAUGCCAGGGGACGUAUUCCAUACCAGAUGUGACUACGAUAUAUACAAUUACCCCUUCGAUCACCAGUACUGCUAUUUAGCAUUUGUAGCAUGGCCAUACUUGGCCAACGAAGUGAUGCUUGUAAUCCAGGACAAAGAGAUCUACCUGCCGUUUUAUCAAGAAAAUGGAGAAUGGUCGCUAGUGAAUACAUCGACAAGGAACCGUGUGGAAUUGUCCAUGUCAAUCUCAGAAUUUAACGUCCACCUGUCGCGUCGUUCUGAGUUCUUUGUAGUGAAUGUGAUUCUACCAAUAGUGCUCCUCUGCUUUCUAGACUGUUUAGUGUUUUUGAUCCCGUUGGAUAGCGGAGAGCGAAUAUCUUACUCGAUAACCGUUCUCCUGUCUUUCGCCGUCUUUAUGACGCUGGUCAGUGACAAUAUACCAAAAACGUCGGCGCCAAUGUCCCUGUUGUGCUACUAUUUGUUCCUCCUUUUCGCGGGCAGUGUUUUAGUAAUGAUUAACGUUGCAGUCAACAUCUCGCUAUUAUACAGAGAACAAAGCAAGCCAAUUCCUGGAAUUCUUCGCAAAGUGGUUAUACUAUCAAGAAAAUCGAAAAUUGACAAUAUUGAGAAAAGGAACACAAAAAAAGACGAAACAAUGAAAGAAGUGGAUGUCGUCGGCGAAGAUGUCAAUGGGGACCACGCAAUUGAACUCCCUGAAAGUAAAAUUACCUGGAAAGAAGUUGCAACAGUUGUUGACAGUUCCAAGGUCGUCUUCCCCGACGAUCUACGGAAGGCUAAAAGUAAGUCUGCCCUGGACGGUCGAGGUUUAAAGAACGUCUGCGCCGAACGAUAG